UGUUUUUGCGCGGCGCCUUGUCUGUCACCGCGCUGAGCUGAAAGGAGAGCACAGCAGAGUGUGUUUGUGUGUUAUGCAGGCAUUCCUCUGUCCAGCUUCAGGUGAUUCAGUAGGCGCUUUUGCUGUGUGUGACAGCCACUAUUCUGCUGUUGGUCGUGUGUUUAGCUCGGUAAGCCAUCGAGGAGGAGCUGUCAUUGAGGGCUGUUUGUAUUUGACUGCAGCAGGAGACCGCCAGGAAGGGAGGGAGCAGGAAAGGGGGAGCGCUGGAACGAGUGAAAGAGAGACAGAUGUUACCCUCCAUGUCCAUUGGUCUGUUCAUCUUCUCUAGAGAUGCUGCUUGCUAGUGUUUAGCUGUGUGGCUGAUACAGCACAUGCCUGAGCCAGGCUGAAGUCCUACAAGGGCGGUACUGAAUGUUCUCUCUGGGUAGAGGACAGACGGCGAGGUAGCUAGUCAGCUGGGAUCCAUGCUGCUGUGUGCUUCGCAUCAGACUGUUUGUGUGAGAGAGAGAAGAGACUGAAUUCCCCCACAGCAGAGGGGUUCGGAGCUCCUCGUGGCUUUGUUUAGGCUGUCUGGCAGGAGAGAAACAUUGGGCUGAUUUCAGUGUGUUCAGUCAGAGGCACAAUAAAUGUGUGAGCUGAGCUUGGCAGGUGCCUGAGUACUAGAGGUAACUUAGUGUGACUGUGGACCGGACAGACACAACACCCAUUCAUUCACACUUAGAGAGACAUGCAUACCAUUGACUGUGUGGAACCGAUAUUAGGGACUUUGUGUAUUUUCAGCCGUUACUGCACCAUUAGAGCAGUCAGUUAGGCAGGCAGCUCUCCUUACACCUCAGGCUGCCGUUACAUUACAGCAGUGUGCUUUGGGGACUGAUACUCAGAUUGCUUUAUGUAGCCAGCAGGCCAGCUGUGGAGCCCCUCAUCUGUCUUACCUGGCUUAUGGUGGAGCCGGAGAGGUAUUCUAUCCUUAGAGUGCAGAAGGGAUUUAGCACCUAAACUACUUGAGACUGUGAAUUCAGCAGGACUUUGGUAUACAGGAAUUGAGAUUUGGAUUGGAUCCGCUUGUGAAGGAAGAGCGCGGUCAUUGACGGGUCUCGUGGGGGGGUAUAGUAAAGACUCAGUGGUGCGUGAAAUUGGUUGAGGGAUAGUGUGUGUGUGUCCAUUCUCACACGUCAUGCUGUGCCCUGCAUCCUGCCUGCCUCUCCUGAGGGAGAUGGCUCAGUGGCGCUGCCUGCUGGGGUGGCACCGCCAUCACGGGGUCAGCACGGGGGUCACGGCAGGGGCUGGGCUGGGGUCAGAAGUCAGGGUUGCGGUGGGGGACACGACUCGACCAAUCUGCCGCACCAAUCCUCAACAGGGGCGCAAGUACGCAUCAGCCGGCUGCCUGUUGUCCCUCCACCACAGUGAGAAGCCUGAACACGAGGAAGUGUGUGAGUACCGUCCCUACACCUGCCCGUGCCCCGGAGCUUCCUGUAAGUGGCAGGGCUCCCUGGAGGCUGUCAUGCCCCACCUGAUGCAUGCCCACAAGUCCAUCACCACCCUACAGGGAGAGGACAUCGUCUUCCUGGCCACAGACAUCAACCUGCCGGGGGCUGUGGACUGGGUCAUGAUGCAGUCCUGCUUCGGCCACCACUUUAUGCUGGUCCUGGAGAAGCAGGAGAAGUACGAGGGCCACCAGCAGUUCUUUGCCGUGGUGCUGCUCAUCGGAACGAGGAAGCAGGCCGAGAACUUCGCCUACCGCCUGGAGCUCAACGGGAACCGGCGGCGCCUCACCUGGGAGGCCACGCCCCGCUCCAUCCACGACGGCGUGGCGGCCGCCAUCAUGAACAGCGACUGUCUGGUGUUUGACACGUCCAUUGCUCACCUGUUUGCUGACAACGGCAACCUGGGGAUCAACGUCACCAUCUCUAUGUGCUGAGCUGCUCAGAUGUGGAAACACACACACCCGUGCGUAGAAGUUACACACCUCUCGUUCUCAGACUUACACACAAACCAGUAUACAGUUACUGACUGCUGUGUGAUGCAGUAGAGUGUGUGUGUGAGAGGACAGGUAGGAGAUCGAGAGGAUAUAUGUGUGUGUGUGUGUUGCUGCUUGAGCCUUGUUGGCUCCCCAUAAUGCUUGAAUGGAGACUGGCCUGUAGCGUAGUUUCAAGGUGUGUGCCUGUUCUCUCAUUGUGUGUGCUGGAGACAGUGUACAGUAGCUUACAUGUGGUGGGCUUGUAAUGAUUGAUUCCCUACCUGUGCCCAGGUGAGUUUGCCUUGCUCCCAGGACCCCACAUCCCUCUUCAACUGCUCCCACCCCGCUCACCCCCACCACCUCUUCUGCCCAGCCAACCGGUGCCAGGCAAGGAGGGCACUGCCCAGGGUAAGAAGAGGCGGUCCGUCAAUCUGCUUCCACCCGGCAGAUUCAGAGAAGCUCCACUUCAACAGCCAGUGGCCCCUGCAGAUGCAGCUUUCUAAUCCUCACAGCGAAUCAAGUUUCAGUAAAUUGGACAGUGGACAAAUCGGGGCUUCAGAGACGCAUGUGGGCAGAGUCGGGGCCUGAUGGUGACCAAUGCGCUGCCUCCCAGUC